CCGUUUUUCAUCUGGUGAUAUCAGCUGAUUCAGAGGAGCAGAAGAUAGUGUUGACUCAGUAAAACCAACCAAUGGGACAGCUGACAUCCAAACAUAGAGGUCUUCCUCAUGUCCACUUCUCAACCAAUGAUGAAGGACCCCCCAGGUAUUCUCCCCACCAUUUUGUUGGGAGGAUCCAACAACACUGUGAACCACCAACCAUUACUGUCUCUGAUGUGGAUUUGAGCAGCAGUGUAUCAGAGCACCAGACCCUGAGGAUGGAGCUACGGAGACCCUCCCUCUAUAGUAACCUGGACUUGGUGCCACAACUGGAGAAUUACGCCAGUUCACUCCCGCACCUGCAUGGGAGUCGUCCAUCUCUAGAAACUCUCCGCAGGGCGUCCGAAGAUGCAGAGAUGGGGAUGGAGGAAACAAACGCCACAUCAGAGUCAGGAGCGAACAGCCCACCAGUCACAGACGGAAACCAAGAGUCUCAGGGUCCAGUGACACAGAAAGCCCCCGUUCGAUUUGGAUGGGUGGUGGGAGUCAUGGUCCGGUGCAUGCUGAAUAUCUGGGGCGUCAUCCUGUUUCUCCGUCUUUCCAAGAUCACUUCUGAAGCAGGAAUCUUGCUGAUGUGGCUUAUUAUCCUGAUGUCUACUGUGGUGACCUCGGUAACGGCACUUUCUGUCUCUGCCAUCGCCACAAACGGGAGGGUGGUCUCAGGCGGGGCCUAUUUUAUGAUCUCUCGCUCACUGGGUCCGGAGAUCGGUGGUCCUAUCGGGGUGGUGUUCUCAUUUGCCAAUGCUCUGGCUUGUGCCCUCAACACUGUUGGCUUCGCAGAGGAGGUCCAGGCACUUCUGAAGGAUUUUGAUGUGGUCAUGGUCGAUGAAGUCAACGACAUCCGUAUUAUUGGUGUGAUCACAGUGACUUUACUUCUACUCAUUUCAUUGGCUGGAAUGGAGUGGGAGUCCAAGGCACAGAUUCUAUUCUUCAUCGUUCUGUUGGUUUCAUUCACCAACUACUUUGUGGGGACGUUCCUGCCUCCAACGCAAGAGAAACAGGCCCAGGGCAUCUUCGGAUACCGCAGUGAAAUCUUCAUAGAAAACCUGAUGCCAGACUGGAGAGGACCUAAUAGCAACUUCUUUCAGAUGUUUGCCAUUUUCUUCCCUUCAGCAACUGGGAUUCUGUCUGGAGUUAACAUUUGUGGAGACCUAAAAGAUCCAACAUCUGCUAUCCCCAAAGGAACCCUCAUGGCCAUUUUUUUUACAACACUGAGCUAUCUGGCUAUUUCUGUAACUGUCGCUUCGUGUGCAGUGCGUGACGCCUCUGGAAACAUCACUGACAUCUUAACUGGAAACAUCACUGACAUCUUAACUGGAAACAUCACUGACGGCUGCGUCGGUCUGGGGUGUAAAUACGGCUGGAAUUUCACACAGUGCAUUGAGACACAGUCAUGUAAAUACGGCCUGGCCAACAGUUUAAAGUUACUGGGUCAGAUAUCCGGUUUCUAUUACCUCAUCACUGCUGGUGUCUUCGCGGCCAGUCUAUCAUCAGCUCUUGGUUUCCUCGUCUCUGCCCCAAAAGUCUUUCAGUGUCUUUGCAAGGACAAUCUAUACCCUUACAUUGGAUUCUUUGCAAAGGGUUAUGGGAAAAAUAAUGAGCCGCUCCGGGCCUAUUUACUCUGCUUUGUCAUUGCUGUGGCCUUCAUCUUGAUUGCUGAGCUCAACACCAUCGCUGCGUUGAUCUCCAACUUCUUCCUGUGUUCAUACGGCCUCAUCAACUUCAGCUGCUUUCACGCUUCAAUCACCAACUCCCCUGGCUGGAGGCCGGCGUUCCACUACUACAGUAAAUGGACGGCCCUGUUUGGAGCGGUGGUGUCUGUGGUCCUGAUGCUCCUGUUUACGUGGUGGGCCGCCCUCACCACCUUCGGCAUCAUCGUCUUCCUGUUUGGAUACGUCAAUUACAACAAGCCAAAGGUCAACUGGGGGUCUUCAGUCCAGGCAGGAACAUACAACAUGGCUUUGUCCUACUCUGUGUCUUUGUCUGGUGUGGAGGAUCAUGUCAAGAACUUCAGGCCUCAGUGUCUCGUCCUUACCGGACCCCCAAACCAGAGACCAGCACUUGUGGACUUUGUCGGCUCCUUCACCAAACAUAUAAGUCUAAUGAUCUGUGGAGACAUUAUCAUGGAGCAGGACAGGAAAACCCGAGCGCCAGACGCCACCGAGUGUUUAGUAAAGUGGAUGAACAAGAGGAAGGUGCGAUCAUUUUAUAGCCCCUUCAGCAGCGAUAACCUCAGAGUCGGAGCUCGGUACUUGAUGCAGGCUUCUGGUCUGGGUAAGCUGAAGCCCAACACUCUGGUUCUGGGCUUUAAGGCAAACUGGAGGGAGAGUUCUCCUGAGAGCAUCAACGAUUACAUCAACACCAUAUAUGAUACAUUCGACUCCAACUACUGUCUCUGCAUCUUAAGGAUGAUGGACGGGCAGGACGUCUGCGACCAGUUUGACUUUGAAGUAAACCAGGGCUUUGAGCCUGAUGAAGCCGUUGACUACGACCACAACUCUCCAGAGAGAGAUUCAGCUGAUGACAUCUCAGACAAAGGCUGCAGCGAUCAGAUCACAACCGUGUUUCAGAACGACCAGGGGAAGAAGACCAUAGACGUGUACUGGGUCGCCGACGACGGAGGUUUGACUCUCCUGGUGCCUUACCUGCUCACCAGGAGGAAGCGGUGGCGUCGCAGUAAGGUCAGAGUCUUCAUCGUGGGAGAUGAGCAGAACAUGGAGGAAGGCCGCAAUGAGAUGCUCGCUCUGCUGAAGAGGUUCCGUCUGGACUUCAAUGAUGUUAUAGUCAUGACAGACAGCGAGAGGCGUCCACAAGCCAAGAAUCUCAAUAGGUUUAUGGACAGCGUCGCCCCCUUCAGGCUGCACCAUGAACAGCAGGAAGGUGUUUCACUGGAGGAACUGAAACAAAGCUCCCCAUGGAAAAUAUCUGAUAAAGAGUUUGAAGCCUUCAAACUAAAGUCUGAAAGAAAAGUAAGACUGAAUGAAAUCAUCCGAAGGAAUUCCCAACAUGCUGCUCUGGUGCUUGUGAGCCUUCCUGUUCCACAGAGCGUCUGUCCCAGUGCCCUGUACAUGGCCUGGUUGGACACCUUGACCUGCAGCCUCCACUGCCCAGCGGUGCUCAUACGGGGAAACCAGCAGAACGUUCUCACCUUCUACUGCCAGUGAUUCCCAUCCCACUGGAACAAUGCCCUGGAAAAAGACAAAAAAAGAGUCCAGUCCAAAAAAGUGAAAUAGAUUAAUCCACAAAGACCCAGAGAGCCACCAGCCAACAAAAGCAUCUACUGACCUAAAAUAUUUAAUUCCUGUUGAUCUAUUAAUCCUAUCAAUGCAUGUAAAUAAUUGGUGUAAAAUGCAGUUUG